AUGAUGCCUUAACUUAGGUCUGAGUAUUUCCAAACCAGAUUUCAAAAAUUAAGACCAUAAAAUGAUAAUAAAAAAGUUGAUCUUGCAUUCUUAACUUAUAUUUAUUUAAUUUUUGGUAAAAUAAAUCCCCAAUAUUUGUAAGAAUAUUUGUAAGAGUAUCAGUAUAUUAUCAUCUAUAAUAUUUAUAUAGUGAUUGCUUAUCCUAUUUAACAGAUUCUGAUUAAUUUAUAAAAGAUUCUGCAAAACCAAAAUAAUUAAACAAUCUGAAACAAGUUAAAUUUAAAUUAGAAAGUAACAUCAAAAUCAUUACUAAAUAAUAAAAAUAAUAAUAACACCAAUUAUUCUACUAAUAAUAGCUUCACAAUUCCGAAACUCCUUCUUAAUAAAUUGAAGAUAUGGUAAAAUAAUUUAGCAUUCUUAAAUAAUAAAAUUAAAUAUAUCUAACCCUAUAAUUUAUACUUCAUAAAAUCCAGCACAAGUAUCAAGUUUCGUAACUAUUAUUACAAUUGUAUUCCAUUUAACUUUGUAAAAUUUACUAAAAUAAAACUCAUUUUUUGUUAAGUUUAACCAAAAAUUAUACAGAAAGUCUUAUUCAAAUUCAAUAAUGA